AUGAACUCCAAUAAUCUCCAGCAAAAACGACUGAACCGUCACUCGACACCUCCACCAAGCUCCCAUCAUAGCUCCCCUAAUGGCAUUUAUCCAGAAGGGUCGGAUUAUUUGAAUAACAACAAUUCUUAUCCAUUCCACCAGACGAACACUUUUGUUGCCAGGACCCCCAACGAACUUCCUCCGUUCUUAAAGUCUCAGAUAACUAACCAGCCCAAGGUCAGAAGCUCUAAUAGCAUCAAACGGGAUCUCGCUGGUGUGGUAGGUCCCCCUCCAAGUGUGGUUGGUCCUCCACAGAUUAGGCCUGGUUCCAAUAAUAACAGCAACGAAGGAGUCAAUGAUUCCAAUAUAAAUCAGUUGAGCCUUGGAACUCCUUUCCAGUUGAAACAGAAAAAGAGUCUUAGGAGGAAAAGGAAACAAUGUAAGAAGUGUGGAUUGGAUAUUACUGGUCAAUUUGUGAGGGCCUUAAAUUCUUCAUUUCAUGUUGAUUGCUUCUGUUGCAAUGAAUGUGGAAAGUUAUGUUCCUCCAAGUUUUUCCCUUACGAGAUGACCGAUAAAAGUACAGGCUUAAAGUACCAAGUUGCGUUGUGUGAAUACGACUAUUUCAAAAAACUCGACUUAAUUUGCUUGAACUGUGAUUCUGCUUUAAGAGGACCUUAUAUCACUGCUUUGGGGAACAAAUACCAUUUGGAGCAUUUCAAAUGUAACGUUUGUCAGAAAGUGUUUGAGAGUGAUGAAAGCUAUUACGAACAUGGUUCUAAUAUCUAUUGUCACUACCAUUAUUCGAAGACAUUUGCCAACCACUGUGAAGGCUGUAACUCCUCGAUUGUCAAGCAGUUUGUAGAGUUAUUUCGUGGUGGAAGAACCCAGCAAUGGCACCCAGAGUGUUAUAUGGUGAACAAGUUCUGGAAUGUGGUGAUCAAACAGGACUGUGUAGGGUUUAACCCUACACCCUCCGACGCAGUUGGUGAUAAGUCUUUAGAUGAGAAGGACUUGACUAUGGCUGAGCAAUUGAUUGAGAACCUAGUUAUCAAAUGCUGGGUUACGUUAUCUAAUUUUGAGGAAAUGACUGCCUCCUCAAUCUCAGAUAUGUUACUCAACGCUUGUAUUGGCAAUCAGUUCAAUGGGUUGAUUUCAACCGGAAGCUUAAUUGUAUUUAUUGAAAUCUUAUUCCAUUCCAUUGAUGAUUUGAUAGUCUUGAACCAACGCAGUGAUCCUAUUGAUAUUGACUUGAAGAAAGAGCCAAGAAAUUUGUCUGGUAAGAUAAUGAGUUAUUUGGCAAUCUUGAGAAAGUCGAAUCUUGUCAACUUACAAGGCUCAGGUUCUUUAUCUUCUGAAUUAUUGUCUGUUAUAACGGGAUGUGCUCAUUAUUUGAAGUUAUUGAUCAGAAUCGGCUUACAGACCUCACUUAAAUUGAAUCAGGCCAGAUCUGACUCUGUUGCAAUUGACCAAUUCUUAUUGACUAUAAAGGGAUAUGAAAAGUAUCGGAUCACAAACGAAGAAACACAAUCCUCACCUCCAAGACUCACUGAGACAUAUGUUAAACUCAUUCAGAGUCAAUUGUCAAUUCCUAAUAACUCAACAGAUUUAUGUUUUCAUUGUAAGACAUCUAUUGAAAAGGCUUGUAUCAGGUAUAAAGAUAUUAGAUGGCAUAAUAAGUGUUUCAAGUGUUCGAAUUGUCUGAAAUCUUUGGAUGAUAUCAAUCAGGUCAACCUUCAUCCAAGCUCCAACGAAUUAUCUUGCUUGGAUUGUGCAGGUGCUGAUGUGACGAACGGAUUUGUAUCUGUUUCAGAUUUAAGUCAAUUGAUUUACUUGUUGAAAAUUGCCUUCUUACGAUCCAAGCAAGUAAUGGCCUUGGACUACAAAAACAAAAAGGUUAUUACUAAAUCAAAAGAAGCUAGUAACGACAUUAAGUCAAACUACUCCGACACAUUGAAUGAUAUCACCAGAAUGAGAACCAAAAGACAAAGCCACAACUUGUCGAACUCCAUCAAAAAGAAUGCCCGAAAGUCGGUUAUAAUUGAUGCUCCAGAAGCUGAAAAUGCUGAGGCAACAGAGGAUACAACGUACUUAGGUACCACCUUGGAAGGUCAAGGUGUAAAUCGCAAUGAUAGCACCCACUCUUCGAAGAACUCCUUUAUAUUAUCACAAGACGAUGACGAGCUCUUUGUCCAAAAACGAGGUGAAGAACCUAUCCCUAACAACAAGAAAAUGGUUAUCAGAGAUGAGCCUGCAAGGACAAUUUCAAGCAACCACUUGAAUCGUACCUCUGAUUUGUUAAGAAACGAGAAAUCUUUAACUUUAGAUGAUAUCCCAAGAAUCGUUGCUGCUGAACAAGCUAGAGAUCAGAGACCUAAUGCUUUCAAACACCACAAUAGUCUUUAUCAACGUCAACUGCGGAUGGAAAAGAUCAGGCCAGUUGGUAAUAUAACCACCUCGAUGUCUGAGCAGUAUCAUGAAAAUAACAGGAAUGUUUCAAGUGCUACCAACAAAACCGAAAGUGGUAAUACUGAAAUCAGACAAAGAUAUUAUUCUGAGUUGGAUAAGUCCGAGCAUUUCAUUGUUAGACACAUUGCUAUUGAAGCAUUGAGUCAAUUAACAAACAACAAAUACAACAAGAUUGAACUUUUAUCUUUGAUUCAAACCAAGAAAUCAACCAAUUUCUGGGACAAAUUUAAGUUUCAUAGCUCAAACAGUUCAGAUAAAGUUCAUGGUGUAUUUGGAGUUGAUUUGCAGGACUUGACUAAAAAAUACGGUAUUGAUUCUGAUUUGGGUGUCGGUCCUUCCAAAUUGCGGAUUCCAAUCGUAAUUGACGAUAUCAUCAGCUCGUUGAAAACAAAGGAUGUUUCUGUUGAAGGUAUUUUCCGGUUGAACGGUAACAUCAAGAAAUUGAAAGACUUGACUAACCAAAUCAACGAAAGUCCCUUGAAGUCACCCGAUUUCACCAAUCAAACUGCGGUGCAGUUGGCAGCCUUAAUGAAGAAAUGGCUCAGAGAGUUGCCUAAUCCCUUAUUGACGUUCAAUCUAUAUGACUUGUGGAUAGAGACACAGAAACAACCUGACCCCAAGCUUAAAAAGAGAUUGGUCAAGCUUAUCUACUGUAUGCUCCCCAGAAGUCACAGAAACUUGGUGGAAGUAUUAUUGUAUUUCUUCAACUGGGUUUCUUCGUUUGCUGAAUUGGACGAUGAAAGUGGGUCCAAAAUGGAUAUUCACAACUUGGCCACCGUUAUAUCUCCCAACAUCUUAUACUCCAAGAACGGAAGUGAACAAGCCAGCGACUCGUACUUUUUGGCGAUCGAGGUGGUCAACCAAUUGAUUGAAAUGCACGAAGAGCUUAGUUACUUACCCAGUGACUUGUUGGAAUUUUCAGAAAUUUGUAAAUUCUCCAAAACCGAAAUCCAAUCGACCAAGGAAAUCAUGAACAAAAUCGAAAAAGUAAGUAAGGAACACCCCAACUAUUUCAUCAGUUUCGAUAUCAAAGAUGAACUUAAUGAUCCUUUAAGCUCGGAAGUGAGAUCUAACACCAUUACAAGAGGCUUGUCCAAAGUUGCAGGAGAACAUCAUGGAGAAACAGGAAGUGUGUAG